AUGUCUGAUGCACUACUUAAUAUCAACCAGAUGCCAGAUCUCGAAACUCCGUAUUCCAAAGCAAGUCUCCCCAAUACGACUUACUCUAACGCCCAGCUCGAAUAUCGGACCAUCGGUGCGAUCAUCACUGAACGUGAACAGCAGCUGGAUGCAACUCUGCACGAGAUUUCAGACCUGGAAACAGUUAUGGAUAGUAUCCAAAACCUUCGCCAGCAGCUCAUUGGAAAGAAGGAAAAUAUCAUCAAGUCCAUUAAUUUGCACAAGGGCUUUAUAUCGGCUCUCUGGCGCUUGCCAACCGAAGUCCUGUCUCAAAUUUUUCAUCACUGUUUACCAGAAAUUCAGGAAUUCAAUCGAUUGAAUAAGCCAUCAGUAUCGGAAGCGCCCAUGCUGUUGACUGCAGUAUGCCGACGAUGGAGGGAGGUUGCUGUGGCUAUGCUCAGUUUAUGGUGUAGACUCGCUGUGUCAAUCGACCGCGAAGGCCAGUGGAAGCGGCAGAUAUUCUGUUAUCAAUCAUGGCUCAAACGAUCACGAGGAUGUCCGCUCUCGAUAGAACUCAUGUCCUACAACUGCGCAUAUGACUGGACCAAGAUACUCCACUUUCUUCAUCCUCACGUCAACCAAAUAGUGUCUCUCUGCAUCCAUGUUCCCUUCGAAGAGGACCAAGCCGAAUAUAUUUUAAACAUCCUCAGCCCGACACUUCAGGAAUUGACCAUUUUCGCAAUGGAAACGACUGAUAUAUUUGUACAAAGCAUCUCGCGACUGUCUGUUCUGCGCAGUCUCCAUAUCCUAGGACUGUCGUUCAACAUCGAGCUCUUAUCUCGUUUCAAUUCCGUAUGGGCACGCUUGACAAACGUCACAAUAAACACAGACGAAUCAGAUACAGUUCUCCACUUACUCCGGUUGGCUCCAAACAUCUCCUCAGUGCACAUGAUUGUCUUCAUUACCGAUGAAACCAUGGACUUGGAGCUAUUCGCACACACCACACUUCAAUCCUUGCGCAUUACUUGCGAGACUGAUUACAGAUCCACGAGGCGAUUGUCCAAGCUAUUCGAUGCGCUCUCGUUCCCCAGUUUACGCAUAUUCAAAGUUAGCGGUGAACCACCGUGGCCUCAUGAGAAGUUCAAGGCAUUCCUGACACGGUCAAAGUGUCCCCUGGAGACUCUGAUUUUGGGCACUGAUGUGAAGACGACACAUGAGCAGCGAGCGGAGUACGUUGCCCUUAUUCCUUCCCUCGAAGUUUUCGUGCUACAACGAGAGAUUUGA